CCUCUCCAAAAGUUUGUUUAUUCACCCUUUGCGGUGUGUGACGACAACGUGUCCGCCACCCCGAAAAUAGAGCGUCCAAACACCCCAAAAUGAGUGCAUUCAAGUGAAGUGGACGGAGCCUCGCGUGGACUUUUGCAGUCGGGAGGGCACGCGCGAACCAGUUGCCUAUCUUAAAGGUGAUUUUUGGGGGUGUGGGGGGGACGGACGGACGGACUACUACCUGCUUGAGCAGCGAGAGGAGGAGAAAGUUGUGGAACAUUUAUCACUUGGGACAAGACCAAGGUGAACAAAAAAAAAGGAGGGGGGCUUCCUUCCUUUCUUCCUCAAGCGGAGUUGGUGAACCUCGAGUUGGGAGACGAGGAGACGAAGAAGACCCCCACCGUCCCUCCUUCCAGCAAAGCAAAUCAGGAGCUAAUUGAUUAAAGAGACUUGAUUUGAAUAGGAGGGGGGCUGGCGAGGUGCGUUUGAAAGAAGCCCCUGCCCCCCCUCCUUGCCUCCCCAGCCCCUCCUCGUCCACCUCCCUCCCUCCCUCCCUGCCUGCCGUAUGAUUAAUCGCGAGGCAUUAUUGAUAAUCAUAACGUGGCACAUGCGCCUUGGAUGGGCUCGAUGCGAGUGAAAUUCUGAGGGGCCCCUCGUUCCAUAAUUUUUUUUUUUUUUUUUUUUAAUUAUUAUUUUUUUGGGGGUCUUCUUCGCCUCUUCUCCGCUUGGUGUUUGCCCCAUGUACCAGCCAGAAUGUCGCGGAGGAAACAAGCCAAGCCGCAACACUUUCAGUCCGACCCUCAGCUGCCCGGAGCCGGCCACAAUGGGGACACAGAACUUUGCUCUGAGGACCCCCCCUGCAAGGAGUCCGACGCCCGCGUCUGCAACAGAUGUUGUGCCGAGUUCUUUGAACUCUGCGAGCUCGAGGAGCACCAAAAGAAUUGCACGAAGAAUCAGCUAGUCCUGAUUGUGAAUGAAAGUCCUGCCUCCCCCGCUAGAACCCUCUCGCCCGGGUCCCCUCCCCUUAAUCCCAACGACCAGAUGAAUGACACUGCUAAUAACACUGAUCAGACAGAGUAUGGCAACCUUUCUGACCCCAGCGCGCUGGAAAAAGACGAAUCCAUGGAUGUGGAUGUUUCAGGCAUGAGCAGUGGUCACGAAGAGGAAGGCAGCCUUGUGGAGAGUGGGAGCCCGAGCAAUGCAGUAGGCAACCUAAGUGGCAAGGGCACCGCCGGGCCUGCUGUCGGUACAUCCGCUAUUUCUGCCCCUCUUCCUCAGCUCGGCAACCUGGCCGAGCUGGGAAACUUCUCCAUCAACAGCAACGUCAUCAUCGAAAACCUGCAGAGCACCAAAGUGGCUGUGGCCCAGUUCUCCCAGGAGGCACGUACCUCCGGGGGGCCCCGGGUGGCGGUGCCUACCCUGAUGGAGCAGCUCCUUGCCCUCCAGCAGCAGCAGAUCCACCAGCUGCAGCUCAUAGAGCAGAUCCGUCACCAAAUACUGCGUCUGGCCUCCCAGUCCCCUGAAAUGCAGGUGCCCCCGACCCCAGCUCCGGGUGCUAUGGGGCCCGUCGCCGCCAGCCCACUGGCCACCCUGAGCUCCCAUCUCUCGCAACAGCUGGCCGCAGCCGCAGGCCUCGCACAAAACCUGGCUAGUCAGUCAGCCAGUAUUAGCAGCCUAAAGCAGCUCGCUGCUGCGGCACAGCUACCUCAGUCCAACCCAAGCAGCAGUGAGCCAUCUCAGAGCAUUAUCACCCUGGGGCCGUCGACAGGCAAUGCCCAUAUCCCUGAGAAGAGGCCAUGCCACAUCACUAACACCCCACUGGCAAAGUCCUCCACGCCGGCGUUCGGAAUUGGUAGCUUGCUAAGCUCAGCAGUGAAUCCCCUUCUACCUCAGCCCCCGCCAGGAAACCCCAUGUUCUCCAGUUCGCUUCCGAGCGUCGGGACCACCGUUGAGGACCUCAACUCUCUGGCAACUCUGGUGCAGCAGAGGAAAGGCAAGGUGCCCAACGUCGCAUCGUUCGAGACCAAGAGCAGCUCAGAAGAGGCGUUCUUCAAGCAUAAGUGCAGGUUUUGUGGCAAGGUGUUCGGUAGCGACAGUGCCUUGCAGAUCCACCUACGCUCCCACACCGGCGAGAGGCCCUACAAGUGCAACAUCUGUGGCAACCGCUUCUCCACCCGCGGCAACCUGAAGGUGCACUUUCAGCGUCAUAAAGAAAAGUACCCACACAUCCAGAUGAACCCGUACCCUGUUCCUGAGCAUUUGGACAACAUCCCAACGAGCACCGGCAUUCCCUACGGAAUGUCCAUGCCCCCAGAGAAGCCGGUCACCAGCUGGCUGGAUAGCAAGCCAGUCUUGCCCACCCUGACUUCCUCGGUCGGCAUGCUGCUGCCGCCGACUAUGCCCAGCCUCCCCCAUUUUGUCAAAAAGGAAGAUCACUCGAUAGCCAUAACCAACCUUCCAGUUCCUUCCACGACAAGUGACUCAGGUGCUUCUGAGCCUUCAGCAAAAAGUAGCAGAGCAUCUGAAGAGGGCGAAAGUGCAACUCUGCCUACCUCAAACGGUAAAACUGAAGAAGGCAGCCAUUCCUCAGGCUUUGUGACCAGUGUCAGCUCGGCUGCCGAGAGCACCACCGAGUACGCCACCUCCAACAGCCCGCCCAUGUUGACCAACCCGCUCAUGCCUCUCAUGUCGGACCAGUUCAAGGCGAAAUUCCCCUUUGGAGGUAUCCUGGAUCCCCUCCACGGUUCAGAGACCUCCAAGCUGCAGCAGCUUGUGGAGAACAUCGACAGGAAGGUGACAGACCCCAACGAGUGCGUCAUCUGCCACCGAGUGCUGAGUUGUCAGAGUGCGCUGAAGAUGCACUAUCGUACUCACACGGGGGAGAGACCCUUCAAGUGCAAGAUUUGCGGCAGAGCCUUCACUACCAAGGGGAACCUGAAGACCCACUACAGCGUCCACAGGGCCAUGCCUCCACUUCGAGUUCAGCACUCAUGCCCGAUAUGUCAGAAGAAAUUCACCAACGCCGUGGUGCUACAGCAGCAUAUCCGCAUGCACAUGGGCGGACAGAUCCCCAACAACCCUUUGCCUGAGAAUUAUCCGGAAUCCAUGGUCUCUGACACUGGCUCGUUCGAUGAGAGAAACUUUGACGACCUGGACAACUUCUCAGAUGACAACAUGGAGGGGAUGGAGGAGGGUCCUGACAGCAGCAUGCCCGACACACCCAGGUCAGCGGACGCUUCCCACGACAGCCUGUGCGACUCCCCGAUUGCUCUCGACCUGGAGGGACGAGAGAAUGUCCAAGGUCUGGACACGGAGGAGAUGCGAGAAUUCAAGGCUCUGUCUAAUGGCUUAACAGAGGGGGAUUGUCUCACCAACGACUCCUCGUCUCUCGGGGGGGAUGUCGAAAGCCAAAGUGCUGGUAGUCCAGCUGUGUCUGAAUCUACCUCCUCCAUGCAGGCGCCAUCCCCUGCAGGCAUUCCACAGCAGCCCCGCAAAUCCCCAGGCUUGGAAGAAAGGCAACAGAGGGCAUUCUCCAUGGAGCACACAGCCCUCCUACACCCUCACCCCUCCAACAUUGGAGCCCUGGACCUGACGUCUGUCAACCCAUCCAAGGACCCCCUGGGCAUGAUUUUCCCCUUCCGGGAACGUAGCGUAGCCAGGAACACGUCUUGCGACAUCUGUGGAAAAACAUUUGCGUGUCAGAGUGCCUUGGACAUCCACUACCGAAGCCAUACCAAAGAGCGACCGUUCAUUUGUACGGCCUGCAAUCGAGGGUUCUCUACCAAGGGCAACCUCAAGCAGCACAUGCUUACCCAUCAGAUGCGAGACCUGCCCUCGCAGCUCUUCGAGCCCUCCAACACCAGCCUGUCCUCCAGCCCCACGCCCUCCCUGCUAUCCGUCUGCUCGCUCGGAAAGCCAGAGGUCAACGGUUUCCUGCUCGCCCUCCACCCGGAGAGCAAGGACCCCUCCGCCUCCUCUGCUGCCGUUUCCGCAGCAACCACUGCUGGCUUGGUCACGCCGUCCGCUUCCACCUCACCAGUGCUGUCAGCCGCACCGCCUCGCCGGACGCCGAAGCAGCACUUCUGUAACACCUGCGGCAAGUGUUUCUCCUCAUCGAGCGCCCUGCAGAUCCACGAGCGCACGCACACUGGCGAGAAGCCCUUCGCCUGCAGCAUCUGCGGCCGUGCGUUCACCACCAAAGGAAACCUCAAGGUCCACAUGGGCACCCACAUGUGGAACAGCGCCCCUGCUCGACGUGGGCGCCGGCUCUCUGUGGACGGCCCCAUGGCCUUCCUUGGGGCCAACCCCAUCAAGUUCCCGGAGAUCUUCCAGAAGGACCCAGCGGCAGUGUCACGGGCUGGUGCCGGUGACCCGGCCAGUUUCUGGAAUCAGUACGCCGCUGCCUUCUCCAGCGGCCUGGCCAUGAAGGCCAACGAGAUCUCUGUCAUCCAGGGCGGCGGCCUGCCGCCUAUGUCGGGCGCAGGCGUGGGCAACGGCGGAAGCUCGCCCGUCGGCGGUCUGACGGGCAGCCUGGACAAACUCCACAGCGCCGAACCCAACGCCGCCCUGGCCGGCCUGGAGCGGAUGGCCGGCGCGGAGAACGGCGCCCACUUCAGGUUCACGCGAUUCAUGGAGGACAAUAAAGAAAUUGUCACAAAUUAGACACACAGAGACACACCCAGAACUGUGAAGACAAGUCUAUUGUAGUUUUUUUUUUUUGUACAAUGUACAUGUUAUAGUUCCUGGGAGCUUAUUUAUUAGUGGCUAUAACCAUGCUUGAGACGCAGUGGAAGCAUUAUAACAGUUAGACCAGAUGUGUGUGCGUUUGUGUGUGUGCGUGUGUGUGUGCGUGCUUCUUCUCAAGACGAUGUGUGAUAGAAACUCUGAACUUGGCAUUAAGUUAUUUCCGUGUCCCCCUUGUAGUGUUACAUAGCUAUGACGUCUGCCUGUAAGAUCCAAAAACGCUGUAAAUAAUGUACACUGAUCUUGUAGUUGGUCUGAUGUGUGUUCACAGACCCCCUACCACUUUUCCUCCACCCCCACAUUUUAUUUAAUUUAAGGAAGACGAAACAUGGACGUGUAAAACAGUGUUUGUUGCUACUUUCCAUGAUUGUUUACUUCCAUACUCCUCCAUUCCCCCCAAUAUUUGGAACUGAGACAGCCAAUCGUUCUCCACAGUGCUGCUAACGUGAUGUGUUCAAGUCCCCCAAAUAGAUGAUGAUGUACAUACAUGUCAAGAAGUCCAGUGGCCAGCUGACACACAAAAAGGAUGGAUAGUGUUGUUGUUUUUUUUUUGUUUUUUUUUUUAUAUAUAAAUAUAAAUAUUAUAUUGGGUUUGACAAACCUUUCGGACUGUUACAUGCACUUUCUCGGAAAGGUGGAAGAUCUUUAAUGGGUCCAGUUUCUCUACACUUUAAUACCUACUAACAAAAACUCUUAAGAUACUGUAAUUCUUUACUCGAAUAAUAAUCAAAUACAUCAGUUUUCCAAAAGAA